AGAGCUUCAAGUUGCGCCGCAGCGUUCAUCUUCUCGGUGCUGAUUCUGGCCUACGACUCUAUCUUUCGUGGGUGUAUAUUUGUCUCGGAUCAUUGCCUCGAAGCCACCACAAUGGCAUCCGAGUACAGAAUACACCGGCCGUACGUUCUGGCAACGUUGCCUCGGCCGCUCGACCAUACCGACGGCAAGAUUGCUGCGCGCGAGGUGUAUGGCCAGCGAGACGGCCAGAAGAGGAGAAAGCGAACCGAGUUGGCUGUUGGAGUCGACGGCGAGACGGCCAGCAUAUAUGAUGUCCCGGCAUCGCGGCUCAUCACCUCGUAUCCCAUCCCACCUCAGGAGUCAUUCACCUGCUCCCCAUACUCCGUCAGGAUUCGGCAAUCGAAGAGCAGCGAUAUUUUGCGCUAUACAUUUGUGGCGACAAAGGACGCUUCAUCAAACAAGAUCACUCUCUUCAAGGACGUUGUGCACCCCGAUGGCAAGACAACCUCGACCAGCCUCUCCCAGCUACUGAAAACCUCGCCAGUCCGAUACAUCACGGGCUCCUCAUCGACGUCGCAAACAUCCGCCAUUGGAGACAUCGUGGUAGUUUGUCAAAAUGGUGACUUUGUCUACUUGUCUGGCGAGACUCUGGCGGUGCAGUGGUCUUCUCCCUCGACUUCAACUGUUCAGGACGUGGUUGCGGGGGCCAUAGACGAUUUCGAAGUACAGCAUGUAUCGUCUGGGAGCAUGUCUGAGUUCAGGGAAGGCAUGUUUAAAGGCAGACCUGAAGUCUUUAGUGCGCUUCCGCGGGCGCUCGACUCGAACCCGUCCCUCGUUGCCAUGGUUUCCAAAAGCGUCAGUCAAGGGCAAGCAAGCCGUCAUCUAGUGGUGCUCGCAGCCAUGCCUACGGGCGCCACAUCAUCCGGAUUGCAGAAGCUGAUACCUCUCGAUGUCAUUCCCAUCGGAGCGCUUCACGGAAACGACAAUGAGGCACCGAAUUGCCAGAUUGACAUCCAGUCGGGCCUCUUCCUGGAACUUGUCGCCGGCAAUGUCAGCAUCUACGAUCUGUCUAGUGCUGUCCCCAAGCAAAAGUCAACGGUCCAGCUGGAUGGUGCCAAGUCCUUUAUUCGACUUUCGCGACCUUUCAUCUUGUCGACCUCGUCUACAUCGAUCGGUCUGUACAACUACCAAUAUCGCUCGAUACACGCGAAGAGCGCACUCGACUUGUCGGAACUGCCACCUGAAAGCCAAGCCCCACGGUCUUGCCAGCUCAUCACCUAUUUGCGCAGCCAGGACCUCGUUGUGGCUUUGGUCGAUAAUGUCCUCGUCUCUGUGCAGAUCGAGCCACCAAAGAGCCACGGCAAGAGACGCAAGGACGGCCUCCUAAUCGAUUCCAUCGGCCGAGGGGCUGCGACUGAGAUCCGCGCAAAGAAACAGAAGCACGAGGUCCCCUCUAUGGAGUUUUCCCGACAAGUUCCGGGUAGCAUGACCGAGUCCUACCUGGCAACAUAUUAUCAAGACCUUCAGACUGCCGACCAACUACUUGGCAGCAACGACUUUGGGAAGUGGGAGGAGCUCUUGCGUGAGAAGUUGGGUAUGAAGCUGCGAAAGGACACGCCCUUCGCGAAUGGAGUUACUGCAAAUGGCCAGACCUCGAGUGAUCCUGAAUGGAACUGGCUUUUCGAGGAGGCAUAUCCUGCCGUCGACCGCCGAUGGGUUAUCUACGGUCUCGGCCAGGUAUUCUCAGUGGAGUCCGCGGCGUCUGAAGGGGCUCAACCUAGUCUACGCCUCAUCCUUCCAGACAGCAAUGUGACGACGUAUCUGGUCGUCACUGGAAGUCUUACCAUGUCCAAUAUCAAGCUCGCUUUCCGAGAUGAUUUGGGCCCCGAGGCAGACAACAAGGCGCUUGCCGGCGAUCUGAUCCAAUGCUUGGCUGAGGCAGAUCCUUCCAUGACCCUACUUCUCAACUAUCUGCAGGCCACAAAACUGGGUGAGGUUGAGUUACUACUGGCCAUCCGAACGCUCAUGUUGAGCAUGGACCUGAUUCCGGACGCCAAGAAGCUUAACAGCAUGAAGCUGCUGACCGCAGACGCGCACGACACCAACGACAAAUACGAGAUGGAUCUUGACGACCUAGAACGGGAGAUUGCUGUCACAGAGCACUACUUGGGAGACGAAUCGAGCAGUCGAUCACGUGGGUUGACCCUAGCCUUUACCAAGCUUUGGCGCCUCCCUGCCGUGUCUGUGGUCAAGGCUCUCCGAGCGACAGUCCAGACCGAAGAGAUACUGGCUCUCAUCUAUCUACUAAGAGUUGAGUUGGUGCGUGGUGCAUGGACGACGCUGUAUGUCGACCCGACUAGUUUUGAGGCAGAAGGCAAUGAUCCACCGCCGGAUGGAGUCAUUACCCUGAUUGCUGACCUGCUCGGGCGGUGCCUGGAUGCGGUCGGGGCUGGUGGCUGGCUGUUCAACGACGCCAUGUUGUGGGCGGACAAGGCAGAAGCUGGCGACUUCCUGACGGCGCUCAAGCUCGAGGUGACGGCCGCCCUGGAGGGGAUCGAAGAGGCCGUUACGCUUAACGGCCUGGUCGGCGAGGCAGUCCGAUUUGGUCUGACAGCAGAAAAGGGUUGGGCAGCACGGCAGACGUGGAACACCAACAAGCCUAUCCCCAUGCAGCUGGACGGAAGGGAGUCCCGGCUGCUGCCACUGGGCUUGAAGACAAAGCAGCUGCCUACUAAGGAGAAGGUCGUCUCAGGAGGCGAGGUCGUUGACCGGAGCAUGCGAGAAACCGGACACCUCAUUAGUCAAAAGGUGGAGGCUUACUCGCUGGAGAAGCUUGCAAUUUGAGCCGCAAGAUCGCUAGCCAGGCAACCGAGCUUGCCGGGCUGUGCCGCCAGAAGGGAGGGUAUCAGAGGCGAUUGCGGCUGAUUAUUUUUGGGGGGGUGACGGGGUGCGAGGGGGACGGCGAGAAGACUCGAGGCCUGUCAGGGCGCGUUGAGGGAACUAACUAGUCAGGUGCUCUACCGAUAGGCUCGGUGACCGAAGAUGCCGUCGCCAUGACGCAAAGGCGGAUGGAGAUUGGGGCGUCUUACGGGUAGGGUGGGCAGGGCACCGCGCGUUGAGGCUGUUGCAUAGCGGUUGCAUUCAUGAAGGCCGGAGAGCCGCCC